AGGAAUCGAAAGUCGGGGAAUCCCCGGUUCUUGUUAUUUCGUCCCAAAUACCAGGAAAAUGUAAACGUUUUGUUUCUGAGAACCUUGCGUAGACAUUGUUGUGUAGGAGGCAGGGGAAGCAUCGACAUCUUGUGGUUCGAGAGUCGAUACAUGUGAGAAGACUUUAGUUAGUACAGCACGAUAAGGGAGAACUAGCACAGUAGACAGCUGGUGAACAGGGAAGGAAGUCUAUGCUGAGUAUAUGCUUGGCUGAAACAGCGACAUCCAUUAACAGACACAUAGUGGCGAUGUCGUGGCAGGAGAUCCGAGAGCAGCUGCAGCAGAACUUGGACCAGCCUCUCAGCAACCAGCUAUGCCAGCUGUACAACCAGCUGCACAUACCCAUGAUUGUGCGGCGCAAGUAUGCACGCUGGUUCGAGGACAAUAUCUGGCCGGACGUGAUAGAGGAGCAGAAGGCAUGCCGGCUGUACAAGGAGCUGAUGACUUUCAUGUCUGAUGACAUUGAGACCCUGAAGGAGGACCAAUAUCAUGUACUAGAGGCGGUGGAGAUCGCCAAUGCCAAGACAAAAAUCAAGGAUUCCUUUGGCCAGAACCCAACAGAGUUUCUGAAAGCUGUUACUCAUGGACUUGAUGACGAGAAGAAGAUUAUCUCUGGCUACAGAGUGCAGGUGAAGAUGGAGGAGGAUGUAGAGGAGGAGGUCCCCGUCAUUGAUGUCUUCAGCCCUCAACUGGAAGAGUUCAGGAGAGAAAUUGAGAACCUGGAACAGUUAGCUGAAACAGCCAACAACCAUCUCUCCAUCGCAAAGCAGAAGAAGGAAGAACUGAUAGAAGAGAAAGAGUUUGACUACUCUCUUAUCUUCAAUCAAAUGGGAAGAACUUUGGACCAAGAAAAGAUGUGUAUGAUCACUGAGAAACAGAAUGAGACAAAGCGAAUAAUCGAGGAGAACAUUUUUUCGUUCAAUGGCAACAGACAGCUCGUACAGAACAUGCUGCGUGUCCAGCUCAGGGGGCUUCAAGUCCUCCACACUCAGAUCCUGGAGAAGGUGGCUGAGUUCAAGCACCAACAGAAACUGGCAUAUGUCCGGGCCGCGGGAAAACCUCGCAUAGAACAACUGGAAAAAUGGUGCGGAAAUCUUGGUAACGUGUGCUGGAAGAUGUUUCAACUGACCAACAGCCCCGAUUUCCGUGAGGUCAUCUCAACAUCACUACAGUCUGUGGAACAAAUGGAACAGUUGGCGCCCUCUAUCGCUGCGGAGGAUAACGCGGAGGUGGAGACGAUGAUCAUGCAGCUGCGUAUGAUGUUCAAGAAGCUGCUGGAGGAGACCUUCAUUGUGACGACGCAGCCCCCAGAAGUGCUAAAGAUGGUUGGCGCCAGAAACAAGGGGACAAGCAGGGAGUUCCACGCUUCAGUCAGUAUCCUGGCUCUCAGCUACCUACAGAUAGAGCAGAUUUCCUCAAACGUUGUUGCAAACUUCUUCGCUGAGACAGACAUUGGCACUAUGCGCAGGAAACAAGUCAGUUGUUCCCUCCAAAACAAUGAGGCCCAGUUUAAAACUGCAGGGUCAAGACCAGAGGCUUGUUUCAAUGAACUCAAGGUGAAGGACUUUAGUCGCAUGAAGGACAACGAUGAUAGUCGCGUCUCAAAACAGUUUUAUCGUGUGACCUUCAGUACCAAGGUCACUCUGCAGAGCGAAUGGAUCUUUGACCUUGAGACAAUGUCAUUACCCAUCAUCAUCAACACGGGGAGCAACCAGGCCUGUGAGGCUCUCGGGUCACUGCUGUGGUACUGCUACAACACUAAUGAUGUGUACAACAACUUCCAGCAUCCGUUCCCCAACGAGCUGCCCCUGGACAAGGUGCUGGACAUGCUGAGCUCCUGCCUCCGGACCAUCAGCCCCCGCGACCUGCAGGAGGAUGAGCGCAGGUUCCUCGGGGAGAAACUCACAGGGAAGUCAAUCAAGAAGACCAGCCCAGGCCAGGGACCAACCGUCACCUUCUCUCAGUUCUGCGUGGUGAGUCUAUCUAGUAAGAUGAACAUCAACAAAGAUAAGAAUGUGGAAUUCUCCUUCUGGAAGUGGUUCCAAGCUGUCAUCAACCUCAUAGAGAAGUUUCUCCUGGAACCCUGGAAGGAUGGUAAAAUCAAGGGUUUUGUGAGCAAGACCAGUGUACGGAAGAAGUUGAUGAACCAGAGACACGGGACCUUCCUCAUCCGAUUCUCCGAGUCGUGUGUGAACGGCGACCAUCAAGGAGUCACAGGAGGAAUUGUUGUGGCCCUCAAAUAUGAAGACACAGUGACGUUUUCUCCACCUCGAACGGAGGUACAUCUUUCAAAGAACAGUCUGGCGGACAUCUUGAGGUCAUUCAUCAACCAGAAGAAAAACGGAGAAGCCUUGUUACAAACUCUCUUCCCCCACAACAAAGAUCGUGAGGCAUCAUUCAAGAAAUACAACACAGUUCAAGUUGAGAAGAAGAACCAGCAAUACAACUCAGGCUACCCAGGCUGGAUCACACUCAUGGGUCUAGAUCUCAGCUUCAGUGGCAUGAACAUCAGUGAGCCUCAGAACCCCUACGGUGGCGAUGGUGGCGACUUGGACAUCUGGACGGUGACGUCAACAUGCCAGAGCCCAGGGCGACACACAUCCCGGGGUGGGCCGAAUAGGGUCAAGAAGCGACGAUGUGACGAUUCUCCUGGGAGUAGCACAUCCAUGCAGGACAGCGUUAACCAGGCAUCCACAGUGUUCUAUCAGAACGGAUUCUCGGGCAGUGAUAGCUCCAGCAGCAGUGGCGGAAACAUCCCUCGGUUUCUGUCUGCUUCAUCAAGCCAGCCGACGACCUACAACCCAAACUCUCACCUGCAGAAAGAUGUUCAGCAAUUCUGUAACAAUUUUGGAAUGCCUCAAGCAGGAACCACUUCGACCAUCAGUAGCAACGUGACCACCUGGUCAGCUGCUAUGCAUGUGCCGUGUACUAGUCCAGAGUCGGCCACCCCAAGUCAGAGUCCCUCAUCAACUAUGUCAGAUUAUGAACACAAUCUGUCUCCUGAUCUCGUUGACAUUCAGCCAUCACUCCCAAUGAGUGCCUUUAACCAUACUCAAGGUCAAGGUCAAGCAGGCCCUAGCAACAGCCAAUCAGGUUUCUUGGAAUUACUUCACAAUGGCACCUUGGAAGAAGCACCAUGGUCAGUGGAGAUAGGUCUUGUUGAUUGAGGGAAUGUGUUGUUUUGCGGUUUCUUUUAUGUAGAAGUUGUCCAAUGCUCAUCAGUGAACUACAAACUGGAAAGUCUUCAAUUGCAAGUUUUGAAAAUCAAUAAUGCACUAUCACAGGAUGCUAAAAUAUGAAAGGCAUCAUUGUACAUAAUUCAAGGAACUUAUUAGGAUGAGCAUAUCACGCUAUUCCAUUGAUAUAAUGUAAUGUUACUGAUAGCGUUUGAUUUGUUUGUUGUAGAUAUCUGGUAAUAUGAUUUGGUAAAUUUAUAAUAUUUUGUAAAUUUACAUAAUUUUUUAACCUUGAGGUGAUUUUAAGUUUCUGGGAAAAAAACAUUGUGCAUAAAUGAUAGGUGAACUUUGCAAGAUGAAAAAAGCUCUCAUUUCUGUUUAUAUCAUGUCAUGUUACUGUUAGGUUUUGAUUUGUUUGUUGUAGAUAGUAUUGUUUUAUUAAAUCCCGGGUGUUUUUCAACCCCAUAUACCGGUGCCUUUGUCAUGAACAUGACUGAACGUUAAUGAUCUUUGUUGAUAUGAUUUCUAUGGAAUUCAUACAAAUUUGUUAAUAAUUUUUAUGUUUUUACUGAUUUUAUUUAUCAAUCUGUAAUCAGACAAAAACAAUUGUUUUCAGGGUUGAUGUCAACAUAUUUGGAAUGUACGUAAAAGUUGCAAACAAGUAAAGCAUUUUUAAUUUCAUUUUUAUCCCCCCGGCAUAUAAUGCAGGGGGGAUACAGUCAACGCCUUGUCUGUCUGUCUGUCUGUCUGUCCAUCCGUCUUGGGUGGAUUUCGUUCCCGGAGCACAACUAAAAAAACGAUCAAUAUCAACAAAACUUGGCAGAUAUAUCAAACAGAUCAUGAAGUGGUGCCUUUUGUUUCCAUGGCAACAAGUUUGAUUUUGACUCUGUUCAUAGUGGUGUGUACUUUACUUAGAAAUACAAAGUUCCGAGGGGCUGUCGGGUAGCCUUGUGGGUAAAGUGAUUACUUGUCACGCCGAAGACACAGGUUCGAUUUCCCACAUGGGUUCAAUGAGUGAAGCCCAUUUCUGGUAUCCCUGCCUUGAUAUUGCUGGAAUAUUGCUAAAAGCGGCGUAAAAUCGAACUCACUCACUCACAAAGUUCCGAAUCCCAAUUCCAUGGUAUUAUUUUGAUAGCUCAAUAACUACUCUUGAUACGGACAGACAGAUUAGAUAGAAAUUCUCUCACCAAGACUUGUAGGUUGUAAAACUCAAGUUUACAGAUAAUAUUAUAUUUGAAAGAUCUGCUUCAAGAUUGGUAGGUAUGAAUGUUUGCUCAAGCCUCCCUGUACUUGAGGGUAGAGCGUCCGCCCGGAGAGCGGAAGGUCCGGGGUUCGAUCCCCGGCCGCGUCAUACCAAAAGACGUUAAAAGAUGGUACUUGUUGUUACCCUGUCUGGCGCUCGACAUUAAGGGGCUAAAACAAGGACUGGUCGGCUCGGAGUCAGUAUACUGUGUCUGAGUGGGGUAUUCAUGUUAAACUGCUGCAUGGUAUCUCAGUGAGCUAGCACUAUAAAUCGGCAUCAGUCCGGACUAGUACAAGCAGCCACACACACACAUACACGUGCAUGCACGUCGCUAUAUAAGUGCAAUAAUCUUGGACGCGACGUAAAACCCAAUUUCACCUCACCUCACCUGUACUUGAGCAUGCUUAGAUGAUAUUAUAUAAAUGCUUUCAAAGGAAUUAGAAUAUUUUGUGGUGCAUCUGCAUGCAUUUCAAAACACUGAUACAUAA